AUUGCUAACUUCAUUGUUGUAGUGUGUGUUCUUUGUUCGUCUCGUACGCUCGUCCCUCCCGUUUAAACAGUCAAACGGGCCUUAAACGUGAUCGCAAAUAUGCUGUGAACAGUCUGUGAUAACAAAGUGAAGUUAGAAGUCAAACGUCGAGGCUGCCAAAACAACGGAACGAAACACGGAUCGGCUGAUGUAAGACUGGCCAGUCCAUUGUGUCACUUGUCAUUCGCAUUUCGUAAGUGGUUUGUGUAACUUCUACAAAAUACGAAGAUUUGUAGUAAGAAAAAGCAGCAGAGAUAACGAAAAAACAAGAGCAUCCGGGUUUUAGGCCUGCUCCUCUAUUUGCUUUAACCGAUUUUUGAAUAAAAAAACGGUAUUGGGUAUGGUAAAGUGCAUCAAUUGACCAAACUAAGGGACAAAUCACUAGACUAUGGACCAAGAUAGCAAAAAUGGGAGCCGGCCUACACCGGAUGCUAUUAACAUGAAAUAUCUGGCAUUUAAACUCGAAGAAGCUCUUGCUGCUGAACAAUCCAACAAACCAAACUUACUACUAAUCGAAGAAGACCGAAAGCCAUGGGAAGUAACCAUUGAAUCUAGGGAUGGUGCAGUACAUAUAUUGAGGUUUCUUAGAAUUUGGUUUGAUUUACCGUCUACAGUAUUUUUCAAUGCAGUCCUAUGUUUGGACAAGUUCCUUGCACGAAUGAAGGUACAAGAAAGAUAUUUGAAAUGCCUAACAAUCAGCUGCUUUUACGUGGCGGCGACCAAACAGGGUUUCAAACUGAACAAGCACCAGCUCGUGACUGUUUCUCAGAGCAAAUGUUCCGAGAAAGAUAUGUUACGGAUGGCGGACAUCGUACAGCAAAAACUGAAACUGGAGAACACGGAGAAAACGGCCACUUCGGCUGAGUUUUUGGACAUCUACGUCGAAGUGUUGGCAUUGCUCAACAACAUGUGGGACGAGCCGAUACUGUUCCUCAGCAAGAUGCUCAACAAGGAGAUACUACAGACAAGACUGGAGGUACUGAUGACAGACAAGUCGUGUGCGUUCUAUCGACCGUCGAUGCUGGCAUUGGCUCUGAUACAGAUCGAGAUCGAGAGGCACCUGAACAUGAGCCUGCUCGAGAACUCGGUCAGUUUCCUGCAGAAAUUGUUGCAAGUUUUUGCCCUGAUCGGUGAAAUCCAAAACACAUGUCAGGUAAAACCUUGCGAAAUGGUGAACUGCAUGAGUAGCGUCAGUAGUAUUUUGCAAGAGUAUGAUAACCAGGAGAAGGCGAAGCACUCCCAGAAUCUGUUGUGGCGUUUUUCAUCGUCCACUUAUGCACUGUGCAAUAAAUACAGAACCCACAGAAACUCUCAUUAUAUUUUAGACACCAUUGAGGAACAACUACCAGUGACUUAUCAUUAAUGCAGGAUGUGUUCCUUUAUCAUCUAUCAAUCACACAUAUACUUUACUGAUUGUCUUUUUAAAUGAUGUAAGCACCUUAUAUUUUUAGAAUGUAGAAAUUUAUAUUUAUGAGUUGUGUAUAAAUAUUAUUUAUUUUUUAUGAAGAUUUAUGAAUGUAUGUGAUAAAAUUAACUUUUGCCAUUGAAUGUUUUAAAUUGUCGUUGAGUAGAGGAAUUUCUAUGUUUUAAAAAUUAAUUUAUUCCUUGUACAAAGUACAAAAAAAUUUACAAAAUAAUAUAUUUAUACAAAAAAAAUAUUAAAAACGAUGAAACUGAUAAAAAAAUCAUAAAAGGUAAAUUUGAAAAAAAUGCACCUAUUGUAUGUAUUUUUUUGUGCUUAUGUCGUUAUUAUUUAUUAAAUUAAAGUGAUCUGCUCAUUAAUGUCAUCACACCCUGUACAUAUAUGAUUAAUUUUAUUUAAACUAGUCGUUACUUUCUGUUACCAUAAAAUGGCACUUAUUUAAAAAUCAUGUUUUAUAAAAUUCUCAAAUAAACAUUUCUUUUUUUAA